GUACUUGUUGCUGCUUUGAGAGUGCCUGUGUUGAGAGUGUCUUAGUGCCUGAGCCCGGGGAAAUGAGUUCACUCCUCCUCUAUCUGCUCUUUGUAGUCUUUUAUGCUGUGCUGAGGCUCGCCAGAUCUGAGGCUCUUCGGAGGAAGAGGACACACCGAAAGAAAAAGCAGAAACCAAAAGCUUUUGGGUGCUGUGAGGAAGAGCUGGAGGAGGCUGGUGCAUCCCGAGAGACAUGCUGCCCUAUGCGCCCGGAGAAGCACCGCUUGGCUCUCAGGCUCGUUGAGAGGAGGGUACAGUCCAUGGCCAGACUCCUGGAGGAAGUUCUGAUACCGCCGAGUGUGUCGACAUCUGCCACGAGCCAGUUCUCCUACUCCUCUAGGGAAUCCACCACCUCUGCCCUCUGGAGUCCCAGCUGCUUUUCCCUGAGAGAAGCCGCCAUGAUUCAGUCAGAGCCCCUCUGCCACAUGGGGGAGAUCAUGCCUGUCGGGGGCUGGGAAGGAUCCGCUCAUCCCAUCCAAGCCCAGCCUCUCACCAGGCCUCCUGCCCACAGCAGACGAGACCGGCAAGAGCAGACCAUGGGUCUGGACCAGACGUCAGUCCGUGGCUUAGACUUCAACAUCCGCCAGAAGCAUCUGCAGAGUCAACUGGGGGCUCCUACCCCAUACACAGAGUCACUGGCCAAGAUGAUCCCUAACGUCCCUGCUCUGCGCCCACCGGACAGAGACCCCAGGGUGAAGUUCAACAUGAGCAGGGUCCCUUUCCUAAGCUGUGAAGUCCUGGAGGAACUGGACUGUCACGUGCACACAAAGAGACUCCAGCAUGAGCAGGGCUUACCCCUCACCCCCCAGAAACCCCACACAGCUCUUCUGCCUCCAGCUCCACAAACCCCCAUCCCGGGGGAGCCAUUGCUGGGUGAGCGGGACACCAAGCAGCAAUUGAUAUUAGACACAGAUCGGCCCAAGUGUGGAUUUCCAGCAAAGGUCCCGGAGCCCCUCAGAUCCAACACCAGCCCUCAGCGUGCACAGGCGAUCCAGGAGCCGUGUGUCUGCCCCUCUGGACCCCUGCCUCAAAAGGCCCACAGGAUCAUGGCAUCCCCUGAUGCCAAUCUGGCCAGGCUUGUGCCCACGGUGGUGGUCAAGCUGCAGGAACACAUUGCUCAGAAAUGCUCAGAGAUCCAAAUGGAGGCGUUCCCAAAGAUGGUGAGAGAGUCGCACAGAGAUGCUCCCCUCGUGAGAGAGACGGCAAUAGCAGAGAAGACGCUCACAGCCACACUCCACCUCUAUAGGAGCGAGUUGAGAAAGCCCCUUACCAGUGUGAGCGGCACCAAAGGGACUGAAGAGAAGCUGGAGCUGCACAUGGAGAGGAAGGUUCUCUUGGGAGAAGGCUCUUGUCUGGGGCCAGGGGCACAGGCAGGUGAGGGCAGGGCAGAUCAUCCCAGGACCCAAAGCCACCAGGUUGCCCCAGAGGCCCCAGGCUCUGAGCAGCUAACAAGAUCCACCCUUGACUCUCUCAUUGCUGGGCAGGCUGCACACAACCUGCAGCUGAAGCACCUGAUGGAAAUGUUGAGCAGCUCCCGCCCCUUGGCGGGCCAGGUCUCAGUCUGCCAGCAGUGCCGUAAGACAUAUCCAGGAAAGAUGAACGGUAAGAAAACUCAGGAGGAGACAUCUGCUGAGCUGCAUGGUCUUCGAGACGACAUGGAACCACAUGGGCUCGAUGGAACUGUGAAUUCGAAGCUCUUCAGGGAUCAGCUGCCAAUUAGUGUCUGCAAGAAGUGCAGUAAGCUUCGACGGAAGAGACCAGCUGGCUCUGCAGGUGCUGACUUGCCCGGAAGAUCCCAUGGAAUUCCACAGCGAUGGACUCCAGGAGACUCCUCAGCAUCAUCCAACCACAAAAAGAUGCCAGUGGUGUGGCUCCUUCCAGCAGACAGGAGAAAGACGCAGGAUGGAAUGGGGAAAACGGCUCCCAGUAAGCAACCAAAGAUGGUGUCCAUUGCUACAAAUACGUUCUCCUACUCUCCCCUGCUCUCUUCCUUGCAAGAGAGACUCACAACAGAUCCUCCCAACUCCUUGGAGUUUGAUGAUAGCAGGCCUUUCAUAUCCAGAAAUGAUAUCCGGAAAGGAGACCUUUCCAGGAAUGGACAAGCAUCAUUGAAAAAAGAAACACGGUACUACCACAUAGAAGCAGGUUAUUAUUCAACCAUUCAGCAUUUAGUAGAGAACAUCAAUGAGAACAUCAACAGCAACACCAAGAAACCAGAGGUCAGUGUCAUUUUCAACAUGAAAACCAAGCCAGAACCUUACAGGAUCAGAAUCCAUUGGUGCAGGAAGUGGACAUCGGAUGCAGAGCAAUCUGACCCAGAAGCACAUGAUGUAGAAAAACAGCUUAGAGAAUUCUGA